CAAAUCUGCUGGAUGUUUAGUUUUACCGAGAGCGAGUACCGGAACUGGACUGUUGUCGCACAAUCUUACAACGGUUAUAUGUACACUUUCUGUCCGCGAUUAAUACAGUAGCUUAGUGGUCUGCGCCAUGGCUUUGUACGGGUGUGUCGGAGCCAUGGCUUUACCUAGCGAGCUUAUCGUCCAUAUAUUUUCAUUCUUGUCCGAUCGUGACAAGCUUCGGGCCUCGUCCGUGUGCUCUCGCUGGAGGGAGUGUCUGUUUUACCCAUCGCUUUGGACGGAGCUGAAGUUGCGUGUCGGAGGUGGUGCAAACUGGGGAGGUUCUGGCUCCGAACAGACCCCAAGAUUAGAAUUUCUCAUGAGGAAGUUUGGCGCCUUCGUGCGCGAGCUACAUCUCGAGGUUGCCCCUGUGGACGGAUAUCUAAGCCCACUGAGCGGAGUUGAGGGCAGGAUAGAACCUGUAGAACGCGACCCUCAAUUGCUUGAUCGCUGGAAAGACGCAAGGAUCACCUAUUUGGAACAGGUGUUGUGUGUGCUCAGAUGUAUUCGAAACAACAGAAAUCUCCAGAAGCUGAGUCUGUAUGGGGAUACCUGCAUUCUUCAGGAUGAGGGCAUUCUGGACAGUGCCCAUCUACAGCAGGUUGACCCAGGAGGCAAGAAAAUCAAAGAGAUCCAACAGCUGUUACUGGAGGUUCUGUCUAACAGCAGGAAGAUAAAGUGGCUGUCCUCCGCCUUCAUGCUGGGCGUGGUGACCCCAUGCUCCCUGGCCUCUCUGUCCAACCCCAGCGCAGGCUCCCUGGAGCACCUCGGCUUGCUGGACAACCAGCUGCCUUGCCUGGUCUCACCUGUGGAGCUGGAGCGGCUGGUCCACCUGCGUUCCCUGGCCCUCGACUUCUGUGACUUCACCUCUGAGUUGAGCCACCUACUGGCUGGAGGAGACCGUGCUCCUCUACACCGCCUCUCCCUGAUGCUCAACGGCGCUGCUCUGGAGGCUAAGCCACUCGAUGGCACCGCCAGUGAGGACGACUGGAAGGCCAUGGUCCAACGCAGUGCUAACCUGCGGGUUUACGUGAUGGCACUGGAUGUGUGCAGCCAGGACCUGCUGAGGGUGCUAAAACCAAGCCUGCCCCUGGAGAGAAUCCACCUGGACAGCUACUCCACCUUGGUCACAGACGGAACCCUGGAGCUCAUUGCCCAGCAGUACAACAAGACCCUGAGCCACUUUGUCCUGAUGAGGGAUGACACCGGCUUCCCUGACCUUGGCAUCAACCGAAACGAGGACCCACUGGUCCUACUGGCCUGGCGCUGUGUACACCUCUCUGUAUUGGUCAUCCACGGCUACACUGUGUGGUCCCACAACCUGGUGGCCAUUUCCCGUCUGCGUGGCUCCAGCCUCAAGGUCCUGGCUGUGUCCGAGGAGAGCAUUGACUUCGACCCGGACCAGAGGGUCUUCAUGGAGGGUGACCCCGUCCACAACCUGGUGAAGGAGGUGUCGCUGGGCCUGGGGCGUGUCUGGCACCCUUCUCUGGACUCCAACCUGGUCCUCAGCGAGCCCACCCAGCACUUCCACAGGGAGAUGCAGAGCUUCAGCUUGGGCAUGUAGGCUAGUGCUGCAGCCGCCAGACCGGGCAGCCAUCUGGGUCGUGUUCAUUAGACAUCAAACAAAAGAAAACCAGACCUAAACAGGAGGGACCCCACUUCACCAAUAAGCAAUGCAAAUGUUCUGUUACUAAACGUUUUCCAUUGAAUGACCUAAUGAACACAACCCUGGUCUGGUCUUGCCUGCUGCACAUGCUCAGUGUUUGUCUUGGGACCUAUAAGGUGAUUAGAGGAUCAUCUCAUUUACAUACUUUGUCUUUUAUGUUUAUUUUCUUCUCUGUAGCAUCCUUUGUGACGUGUUUAUCAGUAUUAGCUCUAUAUAUUUAUCUAUCUAUAUAUAUCCUGCUUAUGAUUAGGAGAGUAUAGUCAAAUAAUUGUUUAGUAGCUAAAUGAGAGGUUGGUGUUGCAAGGGGGCUUUUCUACACAGCUAGCUUAGUUAGUUGUAUUGCAAGUUUUAUUUUUUGCUUUGUGUUUUGUCUAUCAGUUAAUCCACAUUGGCUUUUUGCAAUGAUGGAAUCCUGUGUACUUGUUUGUGCACAUUUUUUUAAACGGGAGAUUAGUCUAGUAGUCUUCCGGCAGAGGGAGGGACCGUGCUGCUGGAGUGUGUGGUUAGGGCCCCCCACUCAGCCCAGCAAGAUCCUGUCUGCUCUUUACUUUUGUGUUUUGGAGAUGAUAUUGUUGCUAUGUUACGGGACUAAGAUCCUGCUGGUUCUUCUCAACCCAGAGGUGGGAUAUGAUAGGUUUCCACACUGACACUGAGUUUCCUACGUUCUGCUGCAGUGCUUAAGUCAGGGGUUAGCGUUGCGAGUCGUACGCUGCAGUUUGCUCUCAGAAGAAUCCUGUCUCAGGUGGGCAAAACAUGAUUCUAUAGUCUGUCAGUCUAAUGCAGUUUUCUUCACAUUUGCCUUGGAAAAGCCCUUGUUUUCUAGUAUCAGUAGUUUUUGCCAUCCAAUCUGCCCCUUUUUUACCAUGGGGUAAACAAACUUAGUCGUACAUUUGUUUUAAGAUUAAGGUGUUUAAAGAAUGGCAAAAAGCUACUCCUUGCACAUGUUUCUCUUGUUCACAGCUAUGUUCGCUGACUCCAGGGCCACAGUGUUUCACCAGCUGAACAUUGGAUGGAGGGAAGCAUUUGCUUGCUUGUUCCAAAUCUCAGGAUUUUUUUUCACUUUCAGUAAAUUUGUCCAUUUGAAGGCUUUCUUUUAAUAAAAGCUUUCUGUUGAUCUGCGGGCCAGUGUGCGUGGUGGUGUGACUGAAUACUGGAUACUAAUACUGUGGAAAGAGCUCUUCCAACACUACGCGGUUUUAUUUUUCUAGACGCGCCUUCUCGUGUCCUCUUAACUUUUAAAAAGGUUAACAUCCUCGAUGUGCGUCAAAUACUUUUAAUGGUGUUUUCUAUCGUGUAUUUGACGUUUUAGAGCUCAGAGUAGUAGAGGGAAUCUGAGGUUGAUUGCUCAGUGGUAGAAUGUAAAUAUGAAGCUAACAACCUUAAUGUGUAAAGUUGUCUGCUAUCCAGAAUUCCCCUUAUAUAUCUUUUUUUGUUGCUUGUAAAGCUUCGGGAGCCAGUCUUGACUGAUAACGCAGUAGUGUGUGGGGCUUGGAAUAGGUGACCUGUGGUUGUUUUGUGCUGCUGAGAUGUUGGCGCAUUCCGGAAAAGAGGAGUGUAGGUUUCUCUUGAUCUUGUGUGAUUUGUGAAGCUGUCGGUCGGCUAUUACUUUUUGUUGUGUUCCUCCGUGCCCAUAACUUUCGUUGGUACUACCAAAGCCAGCCAUUUUAGUCAAGGAAGAGAAACGCAGUAUGCAGAGUUCUGUAUAUUGAGGAAAAAAUAUGUUUGCUUAGAAACAGCUGGCAUCGGAUGGCAAGGUGUGUGUGUGUGUGUGUGAUCCAUGAUUCAAACAAUGUAACGAUCAGCCUAUGGGAUCCACUACUAACCUGUUUAGUUGUGGCAGUAAGAUAUGAGCCUGCAUGCAAGGUUCCACUUGGGUUAAACUUAGUCUAUUGACGGUUGAUGCAUGAGAAGUGAUAAAGGAAUAUUGAAAUGAUAUACAUGUUAACAGAGGGAUUCUUACGUUUUUUUGUUUGUUUUUAGUACCACACCAAAGAGGAUGUAGAUAAUAUUCUAUAUUUGGAGUUAACUUGUUUGUGCUGAACAGGGGUAGUGUAAGACCUUUUUAGAGGAUGACAAAUGCCAGUCAAUUGUUACAAUGUGUAAAACAUCCUGAUGCUGUGCCUAAAUCCAGUGUAGCUUUCGCUCAGUUUUUUUUUGUGUGUGUUCGUUUCUAGUUCACCAUUCAUUGUCUAGUACAGCAUUUGACUACCGUUAAAGCAUAUUUUAUUUCCGCAUUGUUUUUUUUUAAUGGUGUGUGUGUGUGUGUGUGUGUGUGUGUGUGUGUAUAAAGUUUCUGAAGUGCAUACAUCAAAGAAUUAGCUGUAUGGUGUGCUUGAAGCAAAGCAUGGGGUACCUCUUUCUCAACAGUGAGCAGGAAACUGCCUUUUUCAGGGUUACUCUCAGUUGAGGAGAGGUGUUCCAUGCCUAAAAAAUAAAUGAUGAAAGUUAGGAAGACUCUUUUUUCCAACAAGUCACUGGAUUAAACAAAACGGUCUGUCAGCGUGUCUGCAUCAGCUGCCAAAGAUAACUGUGUGAAACGACCCUUAUGAAGUGCCCACGUGCUGGCAUAGGGAAGGGCCAAUGGCUGAUCAGCCAAAAUGUACUACUAUGACUGCUCCUCCACAAAUACUACUAGAAAUAUACCUACUGAAUAUGGGGUGAAGAUGGACCACGUGGUGCACAGCUGUGCUGUGGCUUGAUCAACAACAGAGCUCUCGCUCACCAGUUUCAUUGUGAAAAGUGAAUGUCAUUUAAGUAUAGAUAAAAUCAAGUUUUGUUGAUUCUUUCAGCCCUGUAUGCUGCUAUCAGACGUGUAAGGAACAUUCCACUGGGGAGUUAAAAACCAACAGAUUUAAAAAAAAAUUUUUUUAGGGUCAAUUGGAGUAAAUUAGAGUAAAUGAUGCAAAAUUGGUAUUUUGCUGUGUGAAGUCCUAUAGAAGUGGUUGUGUAGCCCAGUCUCACUCUGCAUGUUAACAGGCAUAGCAGUGGAGGUAUUUUCUUUUCUUUUUAUACUCUGGAGAAACACACCAUUUGGGUUAUUACAGCUUACAAAUAAAUUGGUUCCCUUUUUUUUCUCUUUACAUUUUUUAUGCUAUCACAAUCCACAUCUCUUGUUGAAAAGGAGGAACCUAUAUAGCGACAGUGAGCUGCUUGAGGGCAGGUCCAUCUGAGAGUUAACUGUUACCUGUAGAACCUCAUUGUGCUGCAGAAGCUACAGCUAAAUGACCUCAUACCAGCCUUAUUAUGAGCGUAAACGCUUGACGUCAAGAGACCUGAGUGAGGAGAAUUCUGUUUUGUUUUAUUCCAUUAUUAAAAACCUGCACCACUAUCAUACCACAAGUUCACUGUUAUGGGGGUCAGGAGGGAGGUGAGCUUAAACAUGUCACAUCUCUUAACGGCUGGCUUGCGUUACAGCCAAGUCAAACGCAUAUAAUCCAGUGGCUUUUAUCUUUCUGUCACUUACAAAUGGAAAUAACAAUGUGUUUUAAGAUCUUGAUUCUUUGGAAGCCAAACUCUGUUUCAAAGGCUACUGUGGGUUACAGACAUGGUCUCUAUGAGACUGGUCAGCAGGCCCCAGUUUUAAGUGGUAUGAAUGUUGUGCAUUUGUUUAAAAUCAGGAUAUUUUAUUGCAAAAUAAGUCAUGCAUUACAAGAGGCCACCAUGGGGCACUAGCAGUGCGAACACCUCGGCUGUGUCCUUAUAAGCUUUCGGGAAAGAAAAUAACUGCGUAUUUGUAUAUAUCAAUACAUAAUGUAUACUCUUAUGCAACAUAUGUCUGGGUUCUAUUUAUGAACAUUUGUAAGCUUUAAGAUGGUUUUACCAUUUUUGAUAAAUGUUGAAAUAUUUGGACAGGUGUGUUCUGUCAACUUUGUCUCAAGUGAGCGCAUAGCAUUGGAUAUGUACAGUACAUCUGCAAAUGGGAACUCCACUGGUGCUGGUGUGACAAUGGCAAGUGUAGAGAAUUUUGAUUUGAAAAAGUGAUGCAAGAUUAAAGGAAAAAGCCUAAGUGACAUUGUGUAAACCAGCUGAAUGUUGAUGGUUCUUUUUAAACCAGUGAAUAAAAGCAUUCAACACAAA